CUCAGGGGAAAGUGAUUUUGGUGCUACACAGCCCUAUUUAAAUCCAGCUUGAGGGACAGAGAGAUGUUGAGGGAUUAACUGAAACUGUAGAGUUAAAGCCUAUCAUUAUUUUACAGGGUGAAACUUUUGGUGGGAUGUUGACUGGCUACUAGGAUACUUCUGGCACGGAAAGCAAGAGCCUUUCACACCCUCCUUUAUUCCAGGAAAAGCCCUGCUACCUGCACUGUACUGAGGGCAUCAACAAGAGUGAAGCCACUUCUGAAUAUUUCUAGCUGGGCUGCUGUUGUAGGCGUUCAGCAUGGGGUGCCAACUCAGUAAGAAGAAAGGGUUCUGCAGGAUUUGUAAGAAAUGUAAGGACCAGAAGGCUGAAGGAGCUGCUGAGAUUAAUGAGACACAUGCUGUUGCACAUACCUCACAGGAGGCUUCUGAAUGCACCGAGAGCCAGCCUUUCACAGGGACUAGGAAAGACACUGAGCAAGCCACUGUUGAAGCACAGCCUAGGAGGUCCGAUGGGGUGCCUGCUGCACCCAGCUCACAGGAGACACCAGAAGACACUGAAGAAACCCUGUCUGUUCUGCAGACUGUACAAGGCUAUGAAGCCCAGACUACUGCACAGAGCACAGGAAAGGCCUCCCAGGACACUGAUGCCCAGCCUGCUGCAGAGAUGGAGCAAGAGAUUGGAGAAGCUGAGCCUAAUACAAAGGUAACACAGAACAGGCAACCUGUUAAACAGGACUGGCAGCUGGCUUCAUGCAUCACAGAAGACUACGUAGAAGAUCAGCCUGCACUUGAGGCAAUGCAAGAAGCUGGUAAGAUGGACACUACUGUACAGACAACAGUGGAGAUUGUUGAGGGCCAACCUACUGCAGAGAACAUACAAGAGACUCCCCAAUACACUGGUGAAACCCAGCCUACUCUACAGACUGCUCAAGAAAGAGAGGUCCAGCCCAUAUCUGAGUCUGAACAAGAGGCUGGUGAGACUCAGUCUGCUGGAAAGACAACAGAAGAAACUGAGGCUUGGCCUGAUGCAGACAGAGUACAAGAGUCUAGGGCCCAUUCUGUUACACAGGACAGAGAGCCUGCUGCCCAGUGUCUGUCGGUUGCAUGCACCACAGAUGUGACUAAGCAGGCUGCACAAGAGGAGCAGGCGCAAACCACUGCAUGCAGUACAAGAGAAAGUUGGACUGUACAGGAUGAAGCUGAGGUCUACCCUGCUGCACAAACCAAAGAACAAACUGGAGCCCAGCUUGUAGCACAUGGUCCACUUGAGACCCAGCCAACUAUACAGACCAUAGAGGCUCCACAAGGUACUACUAAAAACAUGCAGAUUAUGGAAGACAUUAGUGUGGGCCCUGCAGAACCCAAGGCUUCUCAAGAGAGUCCACUGGAACCUGUGACCAUUCCUAUUAAACUAACAAUAGAAAAGACCCAACCUACUGCACAGGCCACACAAGAGAUGGAGGCUCUACAUCCUGCACAGACCAAAGAAUUGAAGGAGAACCAGGGUCAGCAGAAUGACGUGGAUUCCCAGUCCCCUAGUGAUCUUGCAGGAUACAAGGAGAGACGGGGGAAUUCUGCAAUUCAAGAGGAGGAAGAUCAGGCACCUGAACUAGAGGUCGCUGAGGUACCAAAACCAGAGCAGCAGCAGCUGAAUGUGGAGCAACUGGCACCUCCUCGAGAACUACCAUUUUCUCAUGUCCCUGAAAAUCAUGUAGAAAAGUGCCAGCUUUUGGAGGAGGCUGAAAAUGCUGAGACUCCCAUACCCUCAGAAACCCAAGGAUCUGAGGGUGAAAUGGCCCUAGCAUCAGACUCCACAGCUAACAGUGACGCUGUACCUGCUUCAGAGGAGCCCCAGCGAACAGAAGUAACUGACUCCAUGUCUGAGCCCUAUAACCUAUGCAGAAGGACCUGUUGCACCUGAAGUUCCAGUAACUAAUUGUGAUUCAGCUGAAUCACCAGAGUCAGAGUAAAAUGGACAAACUGAACACUGAUUUAAUGCCACUUCUCUCCCAUUAAAUUCCUGCUCUUCAACCAUAAUUGCCCAAAACCACUGUCCCACACAGUAAGGCUGGGAGGAAGAUACCAAGCAUGCCACAGGGGAUAUGCCCAUAAUAGUUUCUUAAUGUCCUGUAAAAUAUUAUGACUGUCCAAAUUUGCAGUGCAUCUUCCUGUAUUUUCCACUCUUCUAAUAUGGAUUUGGGAGCCUGGUUUUCCAUUUGGGCCAAGCCAAUCAGAUCCACAUACACAAUGAUGCGGUGUUUGUGUGGGGUUUUUAUAGAUCCACACUUUAGUGUAGUCAGGGAAUGCUUUUUUUGUCCCUUAUGUUAUUCCCCCUAUCCCAUUCACUGUCUAAUAUCUAAAUUAAUCUGAAUGCUGCUAACAAAGUUUUUUUGGGUAUAACUCUGCAUUUAACCCAUUACUUGUAGAAGGAGAAUCUGCUUUUGUCUUUAUAGUUAGAUAGAUAUAUUAUAUGGAAAGAAGAAACUACCACUGUCAGAUGAAUUAAAACUAUUUAACUUAUUUUAGAUGGUACAAAUGUAUUGGGGGGGGGGGGGGGUCUGCACAGCUGCUAUACAGUAUUAGUGAAUGGAGAAAUCCUUUAGCAAUCUCAAGUAACAUUUUAAUGUUUGUGACUCUCAAUAAAUGAUGUCUUUACUGAUCAUUAA